UGGCGUGGGGGGGCCGGGGGGCUAUGGUGGUCUUUGUGGUGCAUUCGGCGGCAGCUGGCGCAGGGCGGCUCACGCACACACGGGCGGGCGCCUCGUCCCGCACCCCGCGCUCCGCAGCAUCCCCGCACUCCCGACCGCCGCCUGCCCACGCCGCGGGCUGCCACGGCCACGCUCCUUGCUGGCCCAUGAAGUGACCCGGGCGGGUGGCACAGCCCCUGCUCCUGCCGUAGCCACCGCUGCCACACCAGGCACUGAGGUCUGCUGGCCAUGGGCAACCUGAUAAAGGUAUUGGGCAAAGAUUUAGAAAACUGUCCUCAUUUUUUCCUGGAUUUUGAAAGUUUCACAUGGGGAACCUUCUAAAAGUGUUGACUUAUAACGAACUUGACCAAGGCCCUAAUUUUUUCCUUGACUUUGAAAAUGCGCAGCCCACGGAGGCCGAGACGGCGGUGUGGAACCAGGUGAACGCCGUGCUGGAGGAGGCGCAGACCAUCCUGGCCGAGCUGCAGAGCUACACGGGCGCCGGGCAGGAGAUCCGAGAGGCCAUCCAGAACCCUGGGGACCUGCGGCUGCAGGAGCGCGCCUGGAGCGCCGUGUGCCCCCUGGUCGCCAAGCUGAAACGCUUCUAUGAGUUCUCCCUGCGCCUGGAGAACGCCCUGCGGAGCCUGCUGGAGGCCCUCACCAGCCCGCCCUACGCCCCGACCCAGCACCUGGAGCGCGAGCAGGCCCUGGCCAAGCAGUUCGCCGAGAUCCUGCACUUCACCCUCAGCUUCGACGAGCUCAAGAUGACCAACCCCGCCAUCCAGAACGACUUCAGCUACUACAGACGGACCAUCAGCCGGAACCGCAUCAACAACCUGCAGCUGGAUGCUGAGAGCGAGGUGAACAACGAGAUGGCCAACAGGAUGUCCCUGUUCUACGCCGAGGCCACCCCCAUGCUGAAAACCCUCAGCAACGCCACCACCAAGUUCGUGUCAGAGAACAAGACCCUCCCCAUUGAGGACACGACCGACUGCCUGAGCACCAUGGCCUGCGUGUGCAGGGUGAUGCUGGAGACGCCGGAGUACCGGAGCCGCUUCACCAACACCGAGACCCUGCUCUUCUGCAUGAGGGUGAUGGUCGGUGUCAUCAUCCUCUACGACCACGUGCACCCCGUGGGGGCCUUUGCCAAGACAUCCAAGAUUGAUAUGAAAGGCUGCAUUAAAGUCCUGAAGGACCAACCCUCAACCAGCACCGAGGGGCUCCUGAACGCUCUGAGGUACACCACUCGGCACCUCAACGACGACACCACGUCCAAACAGAUCCGGGCCCUGCUGCAGUGAGGGCGGCGUGGCCACCGGGGCCGCAGUCACCGUGUCACCCAUGACCAUACAGCUCAUUUUGUACAGAGGGAAAAGGGACAGCGAGGAACGCACAGAAACGCUAAAAACAAAUCAAACCGGGUCCGGGCUCCUGCCCCCCUCCCCAACCCCUUCCCAGCCCCAAAUCAGCGCCUGCUCCUGGACACGAGGUGUGGGUGACACCAUGGGUGGCACCGUGGGGACACGGGACAGGGGCCAGGCAGGAGAGACCCGGGCAAGGGAAUGCUGGUGGGGCUGGCAGCAGGGUGCCCAUGGCACGGGGGCACCUUGGGCAGGGGGCAGCUGGUGCCCCUGUCCCCAUGCUGGUCCCCAAGAGGAGGAGGAGGAUGAGGAGGAGAAGGAAGAAGUAUCCCUGUGGAUCUGCACUGACUCUGGAGGAAACGGCUCAGUCUCACCUGGUAGAUUUUUAAUACGAGCAAUUAAACCCACACUCACCUCUUCUUUUCUACAUUUUUUUUUUUUGGGUGUGAAAUAAAAUUACAUUUAAUCUG